AUGGCGUGGGGUCAUGUCACUCUCGCGAGGGUGUUGCUCCUCGGCCUAGCAACCCACUUUGCCAGCGCGGCAGACUCCAAGAAAGACGGCCUUGCAUCCGAAGAGAUUCAGCACAGGACUGUGUACACCGGCAACGCAACCGAACCGGUUCUGUCUUCGCCACCAACUGACAAGUGGUGGAAGUCCAACAUCUGCCAAGGGUCUUACUGCGUUUACACGAACCUGCGAAUUGCGAACCGGCGCGGACUUGUCCUAGUAACAAAGCCAGAUGAAUACAACAAGGUCGAACGAAUCGAAGCGUAUCUCGAAAGGGCGGACAACAAGUGGGAAGACGGCUCUCUUCUUGCCGAGACAGAGAUUCUGGAAAAAGGCCUGGGCUUGACGGCAAAGCAGUCCAUCAGGCGUGGAAAGCCACUCAGCUCCUGGUCUCCCGUGCUCCUUGUGCACAAAGAUCUUUUUGAAGAUGUUGUCAAGAAAAAGGAACGAACGCGCUUGCUGGAAGCAGCGAUCAACUACCUGCCCGAUGACACCCGAGCCGCCUUCAACAGGCAACGCAACCGCCCUGGGCACAACUCCGGCGAGAGUCCUCGUUCGAUCGAGGAGAUUUUGUACGCUCACCCCUUCGAAGUGGACCUCGGAGCUGGCUACCGUCAAGAGCAUAGCUCCAAGCACUACAUCAACUAUCCUGAGGUCGCCCUUUUCCAACACGAUUGCCGACCAAAUGUCGCCUUCUACAUUGAUCAGCACCUGCAACACCGCACGACUGUGGCCCGCAAGGUGGCGGAGGGGGAGGAGCUCUCGAUUUCUUACAUUGACCCCUUCUUGCCUCGCAAGGAGAGAUCAGACUGGGUCAAGCGGUUUCGGGGCAGCAGCAAGCCGUGCCCUUGCGCCGCCUGCACCGGCAACAACAAGCCGUCGCAGCUCAAAAAGUCGGAUAAGAACCUUGCCGAGAUCAACUCGAUAAAGGCAGAACUCAAGAACCACGACAGCAAAAAGGUGACGGUUUCUCUGAUUGAUCGCUACGUGAAGUUGAUGCAGGAGGAGAAGCUGCAGGCCAAGUACGCCGAGGCCUGGGAACUGGCGGCUUUGAAUUACAAUUAUUUGGGGGAAGACAAGAAGGCAAAGAAGUACGCCGACCUGGCAGUGCAGGCCGGGAUUGUCGAAGGAGGAAAAGAUAGCAAUGAUGUGGUGGCCAUGAGGGUGUUUGCAAGCGACGUGAAGGGCCAUUACAGUUACCGAUACACACUGAAGAGGAGAGGGAUCAAGGAGCCUGGGAAUUAA